GCAAAUCAUUUUAUUUACAACUCAUUCUCUAAUGUCUGAUCAGUCUUUUAUGGUUGUAGCUAAUGCUAUGGUUGGAUCACGAUCAUGGAUAGGAGGGCUCUUUAAUCGCUCAAGCAACAAGCGAAAUGAGAAGUUUCUUGACUACCCUUUGACUCCUGUUCAGGAACAAAGACUUAAAAAGCUUCAAGAACGAUUACGGACACCUUUUGACGAGACUUGUCCUGAUCAUCAGGAGGCUCUCAGAGCAUUGUGGCACGUUGCCUUUCCUAAUGUUGUUCUAAAAGGCUUGAUCUCUGAACAGUGGAAGGAAAUGGGGUGGCAAGGCCCUAAUCCAUCAACUGACUUUCGGGGUUGCGGUUUUAUUUCACUCGAAAACUUGCUGUUUUUUGGCCGAACUUAUCCUGCAUCUUUUCGUAGGUUAUUAUUUAAGCAAGAUGGAAUUAGAGCAACUUGGGAAUACCCAUUUGCGGUUGCUGGCAUCAAUGUGUCUUUUAUGUUGAUUCAGAUGUUGGAUUUAUGUUCAGCAAAACCAAAAAAUCUACCAGGAUUCAAUUUCCUGAAACUAUUAGGAGAAGAUGAAGAUGCCUUUGAUGUACUAUAUUGUAUAGCUUUUGAAAUGAUGGACGCUCAGUGGCUUGCUAUGCAUGCUUCCUACAUGGAGUUCAAUGAGGUUUUACAAGCAACACGCACACAACUGCAGAGAGAACUGUCUUUGGAUGAUGUGCAUAGAAUACAGGAUUUACCAGCGUACAACCUGUUAUACCGGUAGCUCUG